AUGUCAAGCUCAAUGGAUGGCUGCAUUGCCCUUUUGAGGGCAGAAGAAAAGAAACUGUGCGAAUGGCAUUCGCAGCUGACACCAUUCGAGCUUCCAACGGAGUCAUUUCCUGGUCUCGAUGAAGCCCAACCUAGUAAUGGGCACAUACGGCCCCUCCGAUUUCGUCGUCACCCAUUCGCCAUGAACUACGCCUAUUACGUUGUUGCACGAAUUAUGCAAUCAGCGUGUUUUCUAAAUGGUCUCCAGCAAUACGCAUCCGAUGAUCAGACAGUACCAAUCAAUGAUGAAACUAUCAGAUUCUGGAUGCGAAUACUCCUUCGUAUAGUAGCCGGUCUCAGUAAGGCGGAGUGUGCCACACGAAACGUCUACACGAUUGGUAUGUCAAACCUAUUGGUUGCCUGCAUACUUCGAUCUUCCGACUUGGACGUUGGUCUGUGGAUUCAAAACUGGCUGCAGGAUUUCCUAUCCAUACCAAUCCUUGAGGAGGGAAGUUUUCCUAUCUCCCAGGCCCUGGAGAUCGUCCGCCUCGUGAACAAAGAACGACGCUCGGGGAAGGAUAUCUAUGCGAUUGGCGUAACUAAGGAAGACGGUGGUGGUACUGGGAAAUAUUUUUCAUACCAGAGCCAGACCAUCUACGAGCUUGUCUUACUGGGGAGAAUACGUGAGACAAACUACUUGUAUUCUGAGUCAGUAUCUGUGGAAUGGGCUAUAUGA